AUGGUGUCGGUGGAGUACUCGGCUCUAGAUGAACAGCUUUCUGAGAUGAUCGCAUUUGAACUUGAAUUGGAUACGCCGUCUUUUAAUUCAAAAUCCUGUCCAACAUCUCUGGCUACUCCUUCGCUCGUUGAGUUUUAUUUACAAUACUUAGGAAUAUAUUUAAUAAAAUGCGAUUUGAUCAAUGCAAAAUUUUUGUAUAAAAGAAUGCCCAAUCAUAUAAAAGAAGAUCAAUCAAUAAAGUGCCUUUGGGACCUUGGUCGUUUACUAUGGAAGAAUGAUAUUAAAUUAUUUUUUUCCUCCGUUUCACAGAUAUUUUCAGACCCCAAACAGUCUGAUAUUCUUGUUCAAAUGGUGAGGCAGAUCCGUGAUAAACAAAUAGAUCAGAUUACACACCUUGUUACUCAAGCAUAUUCUUGUGUAUCCAUUGACUUUUUAUGCAACUAUUUGUGUAUAUCCUCAGAAGAUAUUUCUAAACACUUUUUGUCGAAGAGUUGGCAAAUAUCUACAGAUGGUCGCUUUAUUUCCCGACCUGGAAAUUUUGUAGAAGAACAAAGUAAAACUUUUGGCCUUGAAAGUGAAACUGCAAAUAACGAGAUUAUGAGCAAGUUAACAGAGUUCAUGUGUUUCAUGGAAAGCCAUUAA